AUGGGGAAAUCAAGGGCACAAAUCCAGAAAGAGUACAGAGAUCGAAAGAAAGCGAAACUUGGAGAAGAAUAUAUGCAGAAAGAGCGUGAAAGAGUCAGAAAAUACUACAUUCCAGCAAAAGAACUGAGCAAUAAGAAGCGUAAAGAGAGAAAUGAGAAAAUGAAAAUAAAGAACAGGCGCUCAAGAGCAAGAGCUCGUGAGAGACUAGAAAGACUCAGAGUUAGAGAAUCAAUUGAUGAUGGGCCAAGUGAUAGUGGAUAUGGUAGUGGAUAUCCCUCAACAUCGCGCCAAAGUGAACCAAUGAUAGUAAGAUUACCUGCAAUAAAUGUACUGUCUAGAGCCAAAGGGGGCAAACGAAAACAAGCACGCGCCUUAGCACGAGCACAUAAGUCAAUCAAUGUGUUAGAAAGAAAGAAAAAUGAGCUCGAAAGAAAGCUGAAGACAAAGUCCAAGCAGCUUGAGAGAUUGAGAAAGAAAUUUGAAACAAGAUCAAAGAGCCUUGAUACACCAUCACAGAUCGAAAAUCAGGCAACAACACCUAGAAGUAAAACGAGCCAUGAAGUAGAACAACUAAAUUUGACCCCUCGCCGAAAAAAAACAGUGGCGAAGAAAUUGUUGUUGACAAAUGUGUUACUUGCCGAAGUGAAGAAAACGAAAGAGACUAGUUCUAGAAAGAAACGAUCAAUAUUACACAAUAUUGUGGCUGGUCGGAUUUCAAGAAAAUACAAGUGUAUGAAAGCCAUCAGUGCUGAAACAGGCUUAUCACAUCGAGCAUUGCUCAAAUGCAAAUCAAAAUGUCUAAAAUAUAAAAUAGAGCAAAGGAAAAGUUUAUCAAAAGAGCAUGCCAAGAAGGUGAUAGAAUUUCUAAGCGAGAGAGGACAACUGCAGAAUACAGCCCGGUAA